CCGAGAAGGCUGCCAAUUGGAGGUCUCCCCACGGCGCCCUGCCCCUUGCUGACAACAGGCGUGUUAGGCUGUGAGGCUGAGUCGUAGCCGGGAAGGAGACGCUGCCCUUUUGAAGCCAUGGAACGCCGAUGCACGGUGAGGGCUUCUCAAUCCCCCCAUCAGGAAGGGAGGCGAUCUUCCAGAUAAGACUGACUGUAGGAGUCUGCCAAAGGAGAGCUGGGUCUCUUGGUGAACUUCUUGGCCCAGGUUGUUCCUCACAGCGUCUUCCAGCACAUGCCUAGAACCUCUGUCAAAAAUGGCAUUUCAGAGAACUGAGGGGAUGUCCAUUAUUCAGGCUCUGGCGAUGACUGUCGCAGAGAUACCGGUAUUCCUUUACACAACGUUUGGUCAGUCUGCCUUUUCUCAGCUGAGGCUCACUCCAGGCCUGCGUAAGGUUCUGUUCGCCACAGCGCUUGGGACGGUUGCCUUGGCUCUUGCAGCACACCAGCUGAAGCGCCGUCGUCGUCGUAAGAAGCAGAUUGCCCCGGAGAAGGCGGGGGUGAAGCCCACAGGUGUCCCUGUUCCCAUCUUGCCAACGAGGCGGGUCCCCUCCGUCAAGAAAGGUUACUCCAAUAAGCGAGUGCAGAGCCCAAGCAGCAAAAGCAACGACACGCUCAGUGGGAUCUCCUCCAUCGAGCCCAGCAAGCACUCCAGCUCUUCUCACAGCCUUGCUUCAAUAGUGGUGGCCAACUCUUCCAGCCCGACUCCAGCGUCAGCAGGACCCUGGGAGACACAACCCGUAGAAGAUCCAGGAGCUGCAGGAGACUGUAGUGCAGAAAACCUCUACUUCCAAGGGAUGGAGCUGUUUGAAGAGGCCCUGCAGAAGUGGGAACAGGCUCUGACUGCCAGGCAGAGGGACCACACCAGCCCCUCUAUCACCUGGGACAACCGUAAAGAACAGGAGUUACUGCCAGAGGAUCUCCUGGAGCAGGAAUCCCAGAAAAUAGAGUUUGCAGAGAAGCUGGAAUCCCUCUUGCACCGGGCGUAUAACCUCCAGGAAGAAUUUGGUUCCACCCUCCCUGCUGACAGCAUGCUGCUAGACCUGGAGAGAACACUCAUGUUCCCACUGACAGAGGAGUCUCUAAGACUCCGGGCUGACGAUGAUGAUGAAAACAGCUUGACCUCUGAGGAUUCCUUCUUCUCUGCUGCUGAGCUCUUUGAUUCUUUUCAAAUCGGAGAUGCUCCUUUCCAGCUCUCCAAGCCGGUCGCGGCAUAUGAAGAAGCUUUGCAGUUGGUGAAGGAUGGACAGGUGUCAUGCAGGACUUUCCGGACAGAGCUUUUGGGCUGCUAUAAUAACCACGACUUCCUGGCAAAGCUCCACUGUGUCAGACAAGCCUUUCAGGAACUUCUUCGGGAUGACAGAAACCAGUCCUUUUUUGGGGAGGUGGGGAAGCGGAUGGUGAUGGGGUUGAUGAUCAAGGCUGAAAAGAACACCAAGGGCUUCCUAGAAAGCUAUGAGGAGAUGCUUCAAUAUACGCUGAGGCAGGAGACCUGGCCCACAACUCAGAAGGAGUUGGAAGGACGAGGGGUGGUCUGCAUGAGCUUCUUCGAUAUUGUGUUGGAUUUCAUCCUUAUGGAUGCCUUUGAGGACCUGGAGAACCCGCCUUCCUCGGUGCUGGCUGUCCUGCGGAACCGCUGGCUCUCGGACAGCUUCAAGGAGACGGCUCUUGCCACUGCCUGCUGGUCGGUUCUGAAAGCUAAGAGGCGGCUUCUAUUGGUCCCAGAUGGCUUCAUAUCCCAUUUCUACUCCGUAUCGGAGCAUGUCAGCCCUGUUCUUGCCUUUGGUUUCUUGGGGCCAAAGGAGCAGCUCUCCGAGGUUUGCUGCUUCUUCAAGCACCAGAUCCUGCAAUAUUUGAAAGACAUGUUUGACCUAGACAUUGUGAGAUACUCCACAGUCCCGUUGCUAGCAGAAGAUAUCCUCCAACUCUCUCGGCGCCGCAGUGAGAUCCUGCUGGGUUACUUGGGGGUUGAGACCAUCCCAGAGGUGAACGGGACUCUGCCCAGUGACAUUGAACCCUUUGAGGAAUUCAACUGAAGCUCGUCCAGGCAACAAGCAUCUUCUCGUCUAACAGAUUCUCCUGCCCCCACCAUCCAGCUGUCCAUCCCAACCAAGUGGCUUAAUAAUUGGCAGCAAAGACACUAUUCCGUCCCAACAGUGAGUCAGGGUAUUAGCCACUGCCCCAGAUGUUCCUUGUUGGAUCCAGAGGUUUGGCAAGGGGCAUUCAAGGGCACUCAGUGAACCUGUUUCUGGCUCAUCUGUAGUUCCUGUUUCUUAAAAAUCUUUUUCAGCUCUAGCAUAAAAUGUGAAACACAUACCAGGGCCUGAGCCACCCCCCUCCAACCCCCCCCCAAACCUGCAAGGUGUGUGUGGGGGGGUGUAGUGCACAAGAACACUUUUCCUUCCUUUUUAAAAUGUGUGAAUGGAUUCCUAAUGAAAUUGGGGAAGAGAAGAUAAUUGAUUUGUUUUGCUGUGUCUAUAUGUUUGUAAAGGCUUCUGACUUUGUAAAAACCUUAACAGUUCUGGUGUGAAUUAGGAGGACAGCAGAUUGCUGUCUCUCUGUGCUGUGCUGUCAUUGCAGCUGCAUUUCACUACAUCAUGGAUUUUAAAAUGCCACCAUAGUAUUUCCUGUGUGCCCCCUUCCAUUUCCUCUAUCUCUCUGAGUGGGCAGUAUCCUUUUGUUUGUUUAUUUUUUCACUGAGCACAAUGACAGUGCAGUGGGGGGGGGAGUUAUGUGUUGUAGCUGUGGGGAGCAAGUAGCUUUGGGCAUUUUAAGCUGUGGGGAGGUGGUGUAUCGAUUUUGUUUGUUACCAUGUUUGUUACCUGUGAUCCUCAGAUGAAGGGUGUUACAGAAAUUGGAUAAAUAAUAAUGAUACGGGAAGCUGUUUGGAGCAGUAAGUUGUAUAAAAGAAGAUACAGUUCAGUUCAGAGAGCUUGGGUGCCUGGGAGGGAGAGGCUGAUGGCAAAUACUUUAAUCCAUUCACACCACCACGUGUGGAAAGCACCACAUUUGCACUGAGGGAUUAUCCUUUGACUAAGGUUAUGGGACAGACUAUAUACAAUGCAUUGAAAAAUCAGAUUUGGGGCUUUUGGGGGAGAGAUGGCUUCCCCCUAGUGAAGGUUGGCAGUAUUCUUUAUGGAAGAAUUAGUGAUCGAGGGUCAAUUCAUUCUGUUAUUUAAAACUGAGAAUUUGUCUCUUCUUCUCCACCUCCUCCCUUGAGCACACAAGGAGCACUUUAAUGUUAGGAGAAACCAAAGCUGUGUGUUACUUAUGGACCCAGGGAACUAUGGUUUGUUCUACCCAAAAAGUUGGUUUAAAGAAUAGAAGUGUGCUCUGUUAUCUUGGUUUGUUAAGUAUUGUGCCGCAUUCAUACUGUACAAUUAAAGUACAGUGAUGCCACCCUUCAAUUCUACAAUCCUAUUCUGUGUCCGACCCCUUACAAUGCAGGAAUAUGCAGCUAUCAUAGUGCUUUAAAUAUGUGCUGUGAAUGUAGCAUGCAGAUGCCUUCCAGCUGUUCCUGGACAUGGUGUCCUUGUACAUAAUCUCUGGCCCCCGAUCACGUUAGCUGUGCCUGAUGGGAGUCCUGCCAAGUCGGAAUUGCAUCCUGUUGGCUAAACCCCUAAUUUGAGAACUUAGAAUACUAGAAGGCUUGCAGAUGCCUGGAAGGAAAUAAUGGUGCUUGAAUGCCUGAAAAGGACGGCUAAGAGGAUGAGGGAUAUUGUAAGAGCUGAUUAAGAUAUUUCUCUUGUAUAUUUUCACUGUUUUGUCGUCUUGUGUAGCUAACCCAUCAUGCAGCCACAUUCUCUAGCAGUGAUGAAGAGACUGAGGCACCGUCCAGAAGUUGUUGGACUCUAAUUCCCCUUAGCCAGCAUGGCCACGGGUGACGGGAGUUGUAGUCCAGUAUCAACUGGAGGGGGGGCCAGGUCCCGCAGCCCUGCAGUGUAGGAGUUUCUGUGUGGGAAACGGAAGUGGGAAAUGGAAGGGGAAAACACUACAGAGCAAGUGUGGGGAACCUUUGGCACUGCAUUGUGUUGCUAAACUUCAACUCCCACUAUCCCUGGCUAUUGACCGUACAUACUGAUACUAAUGGGACUUCAGCAAAUAUCUGGGGGGGGGGGGCAAGGGUUCCCCACACUUGAUAUCAAUGCUGGUGGCAAGUGCAUGCAGGAGGAUGUAUUGCUAGUUGUCAAGGACCAAGGGCCCGAUCCACUGGAGAUGCAGUCAUGCAACAAACAUAUACUUGUGUUCAUAUUCACAGAUAGUGUCAAUAACCAGCAGCACUGUUGCAGUGCUUUUCACUUAGGCCUCUUAAGAUGCUAAAACAUGUCCACACAAAAAAUGGGUUUUGGUUCUCAGUCCAAUCCUAGGAGAAAAUGAAUGUGACUUGGCGUAUUUUUCGCAGAUUUCAGAGGUCUUUUUACAACCUGUUCCAUUAGGUUAAAAUGUGUGGGUUGUUUUUAAGGAAAGGAGAUACACACAGAGUUUUUUCUAUUUGCACGUUAGAAUUACUUGUGUAGGUAUUUGGUUUCCUUGCUAGAACUUGACUAGAGUUGCCAACUGACCAGAGAAGGAACCUUGCCAAGACUGUUCCUUCGCCUUUUUAACAGCCGCUUGUGCAGAAAUCAGCAGGUACAAAGCUUACACAUGAUCAUUUCCUUAUGGCAGAACUCAUGCAUCUUGGCAAACCGCAGUUUGCCAUCAUAAGCUGAUUGAGCCUGCUUCACCCCUCCCCACUAACGGGCAGAGCAGACCAGUCAUGACCAGCAGCUUAGUGUUAUGAUCAAACCAUAGAUUGUAGACAAGGUUUGUUAUUGGCUACAGGCUGUGGUUUGUUUCGGAGUGAAACAAACCAUGAUCUCCACUUCAGAUGUAACACUACGUGAGUGAUUGUGGUUGUUACUCUUAAGCAUGAGAGUGGAGGGGCACAGCAGCCGCUAUUAGUUCAUGAAUUGUUUGGUUAACCAUUGUUUUAUAGCGUAUGGUAUGUGUGUGAAUACAAGCGGUGAGUCUCAGAUCAAGAACGGUUUCCUUUAUCUCUUUUUAAAGGACAUUCCUGUUAAACCUGAAGCUAAUGAAUGUAACAUUUGUGCCUAAUCUGUUUCUUUUU